UCGUUGUGCAGAGGAGGGGCGAGGAGGAGGAGGAGGAGGAGGAGGGAGCCGAAGCAGGAAGGAAGGCAGGCAGAGAGGGAAGGGAGGCAGGCUGUGAAUGCUAACGAGCCCCGUCGUAAUCAGACAGCUCCGUAGGUAGGGUUUGAUAAAACAUCUUGCAAUGGAGAGGAACGACGACCACUAUUAAAGACCUACUAUGCGCCAGUGCCGCGUUCGCCCUGUGCGCGUGCAGCAGCCUCACCGUCGUCGGCACUUUUGAUCAGAAAAACCGUCUUUUUCCGCUGAGUGAAAUGUAUCGCGACUGCUCGGGAUUCACAUUCUGACAAUGGAGAUUGAAAAUAUCGUGGCCAACACGGUUCUCCUGAAGGCGAGGGAAGGUGGAGGAGGGAAGAGGAAUGGUCGCAGUAAGAAAUGGAAGGAGAUGCUGAAACUCCCGCACAUCAGCCAGUGUGAGGAGCUACGUCGCACCAUCGAGAGGGACUACACCAGUCUAUGUGAGAAGCAGCCCAUUGGUCGGCUGUUAUUCCGUCAGUACUGUGACACCAGACCAGAGCUGAAGCGCUGCAUCGAGUUUAUGGAUGCUGUGGCCAUGUACCAGCUAGCUCCUGAUGAGAAGAGGAGGGACUGUGGACUGAAUGUUUUAGACACAUACUUUAAUAAUGGGUCGGCAGCCCAUCUGCCAGACAUACCCCAGGAUGUAGUUGCUGGGUGCCGGGAGAGGCUGGAGCAGAGUCCGUGUAAGGAGCUCUUCAAUGACUGCACCAAAAUAGUUCGUGAUUAUCUGAGUGGAGCUCCAUUUUCCUUCUACCAGGAGUCUAUGUACUUCUCUCGCUUCCUGCAGUGGAAAUGGUUGGAGAGGCAACCAGUAACCAAAAAUACCUUCAGACAUUAUAGAGUACUAGGAAAAGGUGGAUUUGGCGAGGUUUGUGCCUGCCAAGUACGUGCCACCGGUAAGAUGUACGCCUGUAAAAAGCUGGAAAAGAAACGAGUGAAGAAAAGAAAAGGUGAAGCAAUGGCACUAAACGAAAAACGCAUUUUAGAAAAAGUUAACAGUAGUUUUGUAGUUAGUCUAGCAUAUGCCUAUGAGACCAAGGAUGCGCUGUGCCUGGUGUUGACCAUAAUGAAUGGCGGUGACUUAAAGUUUCACAUCUACAACAUGGGCAACUCGGGCUUCGACGAGCAGAGGGCCAUCUUCUACGCUGCUGAGAUCUGCUGUGGCCUUGAGGACCUGCACCGUGAGAGGAUAGUCUACAGGGAUUUGAAACCUGAGAACAUCCUUCUGGAUGAUCGUGGACACAUCCGAAUUUCAGACCUGGGCCUUGCUGUUCAAAUCCCUGAAGGAGAGACGAUACGAGGGAGAGUGGGGACUGUUGGAUACAUGGCUCCUGAGGUUAUCCAGAAUGAGAGCUACACCUUCAGCCCAGACUGGUGGGGAAUGGGUUGCCUGAUCUUUGAGAUGAUCCAGGGCCAGUCACCUUUCCGCAAACGCAAGGAACGCGUCAAGCGGGAGGAGGUGGACAGACGAGUGCGCGAGGACCAGGAGGAGUACUCUGAUAAGUUCUCGGAGGAGGCGAAGGACAUCUGCAGACAGCUCCUGGCCAAGGAUCCCAAGGAGCGCCUGGGUUGUCAGGGUCGUGGUGCCAUAGAGGUCAAGCAGCACCCCAUCUUCAGAAACAUCAACUUCAAAAGGCUGGAGGCCAACAUGCUGGACCCCCCCUUCAGCCCAGACCCUCGGGCUGUGUACUGUAAAGACGUCUUGGACAUUGAGCAGUUCUCCACUGUCAAAGGCGUGAACCUUGACCCCACAGAUGAUGACUUCUACCACAAGUUUGUCACAGGCAGUGUCUCCAUCCCGUGGCAGAACGAGAUGAUUGAGAUGGAGUGCUUUAAAGAAAUCAACGUCUACGAGACAGAUGGGACACUGUGCCCAGACCUGGACAUGAACCGACCUAACCCUCCACCAAAGAGAGGCUUCUUCUACCGCCUGUUCAGAAGAGAGGCAAGUGCUAGUGCUCCGGCAACUGUUCGCGGGGGUGGGGGCUAAGGUCUGUUUUAAGAGCGGUUACAGUGAUGACGAGACCGAAGAGCCCUCGCGACUUUAAACCACUCCCUCCACUUGCCCCCCCAAAACCCCACCCCACCCCUGCCUCGCCGCUGAACUUCACCACAAACUCCAACCGAGCGCAAAUCUUAGGAACUCAGUGAAUGUUGACCUGUAUUUAUGAGCUGUAUUAAAAGUGUAUUAUAAUUAAAGAAAAAAGUAUGAGUUUAAAGAUUUUGUACAUUUGUACUUGAAUUUAUGUCUAGAUGUAUAUUUUCACUAAAGGUUGUAUUGUACAAAAAGCCAUAAAAGUACCACUUGAAUGCAUACAUUACAUUUUUAUUUCCUUUUUACUUUCUUUUGGAAUGAGUAUGGAUAAUGUGUAUUGGGGAGUUUUUUUAAGAAGCACAGUACCAGUAGUCUUUUAUUUUUCUCAAUGUAGCAUAAGGCCUUUUUGUUUUUAUAUGUGCUGUGUUUGUCAUUGAUUUGGCCAACGUGACGUGUUGUUAGAACAUCAGAUCCACCCCGUCCCAAACUAACCUUUAGCCUCUGUAACCCUCAGGGCUCAGGUAGAUCUGAAUGAAGGGCAUAGAUCCAAAUGAAUCCAGUCUGACAUUGCUGUGUUGAUGCCAUGCUGCUUAAACCUUCCCCAUGUGUUCCCCAGCUCUAAACCUCCCCCUUUGAUUUUAGUUUGAAAGUCUAAGAUCUUGAUAAUCUGCAUCUUUCCCUCAGUCCAGUUAGGCAGGUUGCAGUGGGACGGAUGGCACGUGUGGUAAACCGUCUUCUAGGUGCCUGCACCAGCUUGAUUCUAGCAGAGAUGGCGUGGAUUUAUUUCUGACAACUUUUUAGUCGGCAUGUGCAACAAAGGAAAUACAAUGGAGACCAUUUUCAGUGACAAAAGGCUUGAUAAUUAUCAUUCCUGGACAUCUCCAAAAAUCUUUUCAAGAACUACAAAAGGCUCAGAACAUUAAUUUAAGAUGCCAGACAGUGUUUCCUUUGGGAACACAGCUGUUAAGUAGAUGUCUGUUACAUUAUUCACUCAGGCAGAACAUUUUUUGGUCAGUUUAUAUUUAUUCCUUGUUCACUUUUCCUGUUUUUGUUGUACUACCUGGCUUUUCCCUAUAAUGAACCUGUUUUAUGUACAGAGCAGAUAUCCUUUCUUAGUAAUUUGCUCCCCAUGUUUUUUAGUGUACCAGAAAGUCCACGACUGGUUGACUGGAGAAUGAACAUAGAGACAGAUGGUGAUGAUGAUGAUGAUGAUGAUGAUGAUGAUGGUGUUGUAUCAGAGAUCUGACCUGCAGCUGACACAGUCUUUAUCUAGAUAACAGAACUGCUGUUGCAUCAAGCUAACUUCCAUUGAUUCGCUUGUCAGCAGCUAUUAGCCUCUGCACAGUCAAGACACAGCCUGCUUUGGCCUCUGUGCCUGUUGAUCAUAGAUAGCACGAUGCCUGUUGGCCACUUAUCCUGCUAGUAGAGCUCCACUUAGAUCUUGCAGCUUCAGCUGUGUUUGUGCUAAAGAUAAAAUUUGUUAAUCAUAAUACUGCCCGCCUUUAACUAGGUGGAGGAAUGGAGGAAUUAUAAUGUUUAAACUCCUGCCUGCAGAGUCCCCAUCAUCUGUGUACAGGAACACUCGACCACUUGCAGAGCCACAAUUGUGGUGCUUUUUUUUUCUUUCUUUUUUUUUUAUCAUAGAAGAAUUGUUUCCUCAACCAAUCAUGAACAAAUACAUUUCCCAAACGUGUUCUAAUCAGGAUUCAUUAUGUUCACUCUUUCUUUGUUCUCACUGGCAUUUCAGAGGCAUUUGAAGCCAUUUUGCUUUUGAAUUUAGCUUUUGAGGCAAUUGCUGUUUACUCCCCACCACCUGUUUUAAUGCUGUGAAUAUCCAAUCUGGACAUGUUAGCUUUGUGUGUGUAUAUUACACUGUAUGCUAAUGCAGCUUUUGUUCAGUCUAAUGCAUUGAAGUAAAUUAGCUAUACCCUUGUGCAGUGAGAAUUCAGUUAACUGAAGGAUUCAUUCAUUAUGAUUCUGUUUUUUUUCUGCCAAAAAGCUUUGUCCCCAUUUUCUCAGUACAAUAGUUAAAAAUUGUGUAGGGGCUUGAAUGCCAUUUAAUUGAAUAAUAUACAUUUAGAAUGGUACGCAUAUAGCUCCUCAUCCAGUUAACCAAAUUGGAGAGUUGGCUUUUCUAAAAUUUAGUCCCCUUUGCACACUCCAUUAUCAAAAUCAGGAAUCGAACAUGUGUAUCUAGCUGUUGCUGGCUUUUCAUCACUUGAGUUUCUGAGUGUCUAUUUUUAAUUUAAAUUUUUUUUUCUUUGCUCUCAGGCACAUUUUGAAGCUGAUUUCUCUUGCCAAUGUAGAUUUUAGCCUUUUAGCUCUUUAGCCUCAAAAACCUUGUAAAUUAUGUAUUUCUAACAUGUAACUAAGCUCUAACACACAUUCACUCACUCACACAGGGAAACAAAACUGUGUUUGCCAUCCAUGCCUCUGUCAUUGUUUGGAGUAACUUUACUUACACCAUCCUUAUAGCAGUAAAGACUUUCUGUUCAGUUUCAUUGCACUAUGGUGUGUUUUGACAAUGAUUAUAUAGGAAGUGUCUUUAACUUUUUUGCCAAUGAUACCAAAAGCAACAUUUAAGUAAAUCAAACUUGUUUUGUUAGAUGAUGAAUUAACUGAAGAGAGACUGACAGCCUUUAUUAUAUGUGCCAAUUACCGAGUUACUUUCUGACAUCCCAUCUUUUUUCAACCUCUUUAUCCUUCUGUCCGUUCUGAGAGAAAUUCCUUCACAUAAAGGAACUUUAAACAGCUCAACAGUUUUGAAUGUCCGCACUAAGUGCAUUUUAAUGCCUGUUUUAACAAAUACAUAUGUUUUAUUACUCAAGCAUGUAUUGGUUUGUAAUACUUCAGGUUCCUUAUAUAUGUAAAUGAUGACCUUCUAGUGCCAACAUAUCUCACUGGUAUCUGAGGACAACUUUAUAAAUGGCAAGGUGACCAGCUGAGUAGCCUGGUUUGAAUACAUGACAAGCAUUCCUCCUCUCCUGCACUCCAAGGCGCUGACGAUGAGUCAAUCUCCCAACCCCCCAAAUUAACCUGGGAUGACGCUCACCAGCAACGUUUAGAGCUGAAAGAUCCUCACUUUUUGAGCUCACUUGAGUUUAGUUUUGGGAUAACCACAGAUACAAGUCUCGGAGUUCUCCAGGGUUUCACAGCUUUUCUGUCCAGAUAUGUCUGUUAAGUGUUGUUUUCAAGGAGGGGAGGAAUGGCAAAUGCAUUAUUGGUAUUCAAACUGGGCCUGGGACUUCUUGAUUUUUCUUUCUUUCUUUCUUUCUUUCUUUUUUUUUCUUUUAUAUCUGUACAGUCAUGUCGUUCAACCACUGCAGUCAUUGUUAAUUCUUGUACAAGUUGUAUCACUGGUUGUUGUACCAUAUCUGACAUUUGUAAUUAUGAGAUAAUACACUGCCAUUUGUAUAAAAAAAAACUUGUGUCUUGACUUAUUUGUGUCUUAUCUUAUUAUGUUUGCUUUGCAAAUAAAUUGACAGAGAUGGGAGGAGUUAAAAAUAGUGUCAUGCUGCUAUGACCUAUGACAUAGGUCAUUGCAACAUAACAUAGGUCCUAUGUUAUGAACUUGCCACAAUAUGUACCUGAGCUGGUGGCAUUAGAGGAUAUUUGCUGCAACUAGGCUUUCAUCAAAGCUCUCACUACUUCUUUCUUCGCCCAUUAAAUAGGAAUUAAUGACAAAUUAAAGUUAUAGAUUUAUUUCUGUUG